AUGAAUUUUGAAAACACACGACCCCUGAGCCCACUUACGAGUAAAUGGCAGAGCAUAGACUUGAACAAGCAAAGGAACCUCUUUGUUUACAUUUAUAAAGUCAAAAAGCUGGUUGAGAAGUCGCUUGGGGUUGAAUAUUUAAAAAACGAAAAUCAGGCAAUACGUUUGAUUUACAAAACAACGGGCAAGGAUUGGAUAAUUCUCAAAAAGAUUCUUCCAUGCCUGGAUCUUAAACAAGUCCUAAAGCCGACUCACAGGUAUGGAGAAUUCUGUGUUGAUACCAACCACGUCACAUGGCGCAAAUUCGAAAUCUUCCGCAGAAAUGGAAAACAACAGGCACCUGGAAACUAUUCAAGGCAAUUAAAGUCCUGCAAUGGUAAUGAAGUUGCAAAUGUUGCAACGAAUUGCUCAUGCGCCAAGAUAAGGAGGCCAAGAGAGGGCCCAGGAAGCACCAUAAGCAAAUUGUCCACAGAGAGCACCAUGAGGAAACCCACUGAGGGCCUCUCAUAUUCGCUGGUCUGA